AUGGGAUGUCAGGCGGAAAUGCAAACGUUGAGAGAGGAGAUGCAAUUUCUGAAAACGGUACAUGAACAAGAAUUAGAGGAGCUACGCAGCCUGAUCAAUGCAGACCGCGAGGAGGAUGAGGACCAUUGGAGAGAGGAAAUGCAAAAGGCUAUUCACGACAUUCAAACGGAAUACGAUCAGAGACUAGAAAAGAUUCGCAAGGAAAUGGAUAUCAACUAUUCGAACCGACUGGCAGAACUGAGUCAAGCACAGGCGGCCCAAAACUCGCGGUUCCAAAAGCUAACGGAUGAGAACGCUGCACUCGCAAGCGAUUUUGAGGCGAUGCGUAAACGUGCUGAACAGCUCCGUGCAAAGUGUGACGGCCUUGAAGAAGCUCUUAAAGCAACCCAGGUAGAAAAUCAAACUCUGCGUAAAAACCUGGAAAACUGCCAAAGAGAAGCAGAACGGGAACAUCGCAUGACAGAAGAUGCUUUAAACAAAGCCCUUGCGGAGCUCCAAGCGCUGUCAGAUGCAAAGCUGAAUCUGGAAUCUGAAAUAGCUGCGUACAGAAGACUGCUGGAAGCACAAGAUUCCUUGUUCAAUGAUAUCGGCAGUUCUAGAAAGAAGAAUGACCCACCACCUCGGCCCAAUGGACUGCGAGUCAGAGUACCUUCCUACGACUCAUCCCCAAUGUCGUCCACGGCACCACUUUCCAAAAGUGAUAUCUUUGUCCGAUGGAUGGACCGAGACGAACCGAGUGGCCAGUCUGCUAAACAACAGUUUAUCGAACGCAAGGUAGAAGGCGAAAAGUUCAAUACUACAAGGGGAGGAAAUGCUUAUUUUGGUCAGCUCACUCUCAACGAAUGUUCCCCGAAAGGCCACUUUAUCGAACUCAGUAAUACAGGAAAUCGGGACGUCGAGCUGUCCAGAUGGUGCCUUAUACGGAACAUAGAUCAGGGACGACGCGUCACUCGGUACACCCUGCCGGCUCGUACUGUGCCCCCACACACUACCUUUCGUAUUUGGGCUGCGGGAAAAAUGGGCACCGGAAAUGGAAGGUAUGAUUUCGAGGCUCCUUACACCAGUUGGGGGACCGGUGAAUUGGUGCACACCAGCUUGUACAGCCCUGAUGGGGUGGAAACGGCUACCUAUGUGCAAACAGCAGACUUCAGUCCAUGAAUAUCCCAUCCAUAUUCUGGAGGAUUUACAAUCCACGUACAGUCUGGGACUUUCGGAUCCAUGGAGCUUUAGUGCUUUCUUCGAAUGCAUCUGGUCGGGCACCUCGUCCGCAGUUUCCCCGAUCAGCCUUUACUAAACAAUCGUGAUUUUCAUUACACAUGUUUUUGUCUUAGUGAACCACCCUGAUGGUUUGCGAGCUGUAACUCAGCAGCUAAGUGAUAAUUUUCUAGGAAGAUAUCGAGUAGCAAUUAUUCCGUUUCUGAACAAUUGCAUUAUAGUUAUUAUUCAGUUUUUUUAAUCUGUUUUCCCGAUUGAAUAUGAUCACUACUUCUUAAUUCACUGGGGACAUGCACAUGUUUGCGUUUAAUAAAUUCUU